UUUCCGACAGGAUAUAAUAAUCACUUGCAACCUGAACGGUCUCGAACAGAGCACGGAGAACAGCAGCGGUCGGUAGUCGACAUCGGAGAAGUGAACGAGCCUGAGAGAAAACGGAGCCUUUGUUUUCAGAAGCAGCAGGGAGCAGAACCGGAGGAAAGAUGAUGAGUUUUCUGCCAUACUUCUCCGCUGAGACCUGGACCUUCCUGGCCCUCCUCAUCACCCUCAUUGUAGUGUACGGGUACUGGCCCUAUGGUGUAUUCACUAAGAUGGGUAUCCCUGGUCCCAAACCCCUACCUUACUUUGGCACAAUGAUGGAGUAUAGAAAGGGCAUGAAUAACUUUGACACAGAGUGCUUUCAGAAGUAUGGGAGAAUUUGGGGGAUCUAUGAUGGGAGGCAGCCUGUUCUGUGUAUCAUGGACAAAAGCAUGAUCAAGACCGUCCUGAUUAAAGAGUGUUACAACAUCUUCACCAACCGCAGGAACAUCAUUCUGAACGGUGAGCUGUUUGAUGCGGUGUCCAUUGCCGAGGACGAUACAUGGAGACGGAUCCGCAGUGUCCUCUCACCUUCCUUUACCUCUGGACGACUAAAGGAGAUGUUUGGUAUCAUGAAGCAGCACUCUACUAACCUACUGAACGGAAUGAAGAAGCAGGCAGAUAAAGACCAGACCAUCGAAGUGAAGGAGUUCUUUGGGCCCUACAGUAUGGACGUGGUCACCAGCACAGCCUUCAGUGUGGACAUUGACUCUCUGAACAACCCUUCAGACCCCUUUGUCUCCAACGUCAAGAAGAUGCUCAAGUUCGACCUGUUCAACCCACUGUUCCUCCUAGUCGUGUUGUUUCCUUUCACAGGUCCUAUCUUGGAGAAGAUGAAGUUUUCUUUCUUCCCGUCUGCGGUGACAGACUUCUUUUAUGCCGCGCUGGCGAAGAUCAAAUCUGGACGUGACUCUGGGAACUCAACCAGUCGGGUGGAUUUCUUACAAAUGAUGAUCGACUCUCAGAAAUGCAACAACACGGAGACAGGAGGGGAACCGACUAAAGGACUGACUGAUCAUGAGAUCUUGUCUCAGGCCAUGAUCUUCAUCUUCGGUGGCUACGAGACCAGCAGCAGUACUAUGAGUUUCCUGGCCUAUAACCUGGCAACCAACCCCCACACCAUGACCAAACUGCAGGAGGAGAUAGAUACUGUGUUCCCCAACAAGGCUCCAAUCCAGUACGAAGCUCUGAUGCAGAUGGACUAUUUGGACUGUGUGUUGAACGAGUCUAUGAGACUGUACCCCAUCGCCCCGCGACUGGAGAGGGUCGCCAAGAAGACGGUGGAGAUUAACGGCAUUGUCAUCCCCAAAGACUGCGUUGUCCUGGUUCCCACGUGGACCCUCCACCGUGACCCAGAGAUCUGGUCCGACCCUGAGGAGUUCAAACCAGAGAGGUUCAGUAAGGAGAACAAGGAGCCUAUUGAUCCAUACACGUACAUGCCGUUUGGGGCGGGGCCCAGGAACUGUAUUGGGAUGCGAUUCGCCCUGAUCAUGAUCAAACUGGCCAUGGUUGAGCUCCUCCAGAGUUUCACUUUCUCCGUCUGCGACGAGACCGAGAUCCCUUUGGAGAUGGACAACCAGGGUUUUCUGAUGCCCAAACGACCAAUCAAACUGAGGCUGGAGCACCGUAGCAACACCCUUAGCAACACCACCGCCACCUCUCUGACAAGUCCAACAACAUGA